CGCUCUGCCUGGCCAGUGUCAACUCAAUCCAACAGGAGAACCAGAUGACAUCUGUAGAGUGAGUCUGAAGAUUUGGGGGUUUGUCGUCUGCUAGGCAUGCCAGUAGUAGGCAAGCCGCCCGGUAUCUCUCUAUCCAUCCAUCCCCUGCGGUCUAGAACUGCAACUGUUCACGUCAAAUGCUGUCAUCUGUUCGUCUGACUUCACAGCCGACCCCUGAGCCCAUCACGAACACGCCCCUGAGCCGAGCACAAACACCCUCCUUCUUUUCAAUCACCAAGGGUAUCGCAGGCAAGGAAGAAAAGAAGAAAAGCAGGGAUAAGCCCUAUGACGUUGCUGAAAUCGUCCACCUCCGAACGAAAGCAAGAGAUGCUGCCUGCACGUCCAUGCCCACGAGGCAGGCUUACUACCUACCCCGUGGUGACAUGCGAGGCAAUGCUAUCCGCCGCAUACCUCGGCAAAAAAGAAAAAGAGCAGCCAGCCAGCCCAAACCCGUCGCCAUACCAUGCCAUGCUCCUCCUGCCUAUGCUCUCCCCAAACCAAAUGCCUACCGUCUCAGAAAAGAGGGGGAUGGAAAAAGCAACGACGUUACCCCUCUCGCCCAAUGAUCAAAUCCACUGCUGCAACUCACAGCAUAUCCACGCCC